AUGCUAGUGCAGGAGACCUUCUUGAAACCUAGCGUGCGCGAUCCCAAAAUAGCUAAUUAUACCUUAGUAAGAAAUGAUAGGCUGACCGGACCUAAAGGCGGCACCUUGAUCUACUACAAAAGGUCCUUGCACUGUAUACCGUUAGACACUCCACCGCUUGCUAACUUAGAAGCAUCGGUAUGUAGAAUAGCACUUACGGGCCAUCCGCCCGUCAUAAUUGCCUCGGCAUAUCAGUCACCGCAAAAACCCUUAUUAGAAGCCGACAUCUCGGCACUACUAAAUCUAGGCCCCAGCGUAGUAAUCGCGGGUGACCUAAACAGUAAGCACGUUAGUUGGAACUCUAACCUAAACAAUCCAAACGGAAACAUAUUAUGCGGCCUCACGGAGAGACUUAACUUCGACGUUAUCGCUCCUGAGAGCCCAACUCACUACCCAUUUAUAACUAGUCACCAACCGGACGUCCUUGACGUAGCUAUUUUAAAAGACAUCCGGCUUAACAUUAACUCGAUCGAAACUUUCAUCGAACUAUGCUCGGACCAUAGGCCGAUCGUAUUAGAACUGGGCCGGUCGGCUGGUGAGGUCCCUCAGACCAAAACCAUCGUCGACUGGCGUAAGCUCAAGGUCAAACUUGAGUCUACGAACUCCCAGCAUUUAGACUCAAUACCGGACAAGAUAGACUCGCCGGAGGAAGCCAAUAGGGCGAUUAGCGCCCUAUCGACUCACCUCACAUCAGCGGUCGAAGAGUGCUCCCGUAAGGUUCGUGUGUCGAGCGAUCGGCACACAAAGCUUCCGGCAGACGUUCGACGGCUGAUUAGAGCGAAAAACUCCGCGCUAUAA